CUAGUAUGAAAUCCAAACUGGAUAAGUACUGGGGUGAUCCAGAAAAAAUGAACAUGUUAAUUUUCUUUGCAAAUGUGCUUGACCCUAGAGACAAAUAUGAAUACAUGCCACAUCAAUUGAAUGCUUUGUAUGGGGAUAAGAUAGGUGAGGCAUUCUUUGCAAAGAUAAAGCUGGGUUUGAUUGAGUUGUAUGGUGAUUAUGUUACAAACUAUGAUGUUUCAGUCAGUGGAAGCUCUCAAUUAACCCCAAAUUCUGUUUCCUUACAAUCUGAGUCAAGUGGAAGUAGGCCUGUUUCUAAAUUCAAAGCCCAAUUGAAAAAGCAAAAACAAGAUAGUGGCCUCUCAGGCUUGAAAAAAAAUGAACUUGAACUAUAUUUGAGUGAGAACAUUCUUGAGGAGGACAAUGAAUUUGAUAUAUUGAGAUGGUGGAAGCUUAAUAGUGAGAGGUUUCCUAUCCUAUCUAAGAUGGCAAGAGACAUUCUUGUUGUUCCUAUUUCCACAGUAGCUUCUGAGUCCACAUUUAGUACAAGUGGAAGGGUGUUGGAUUGUUUUAGGAGUUCAUUGAGUGCCAAAAUUGUAGAAGCACUCAUAUGUGCUCAAGACUGGUUAAGGAUGUCCAACCAGCCUGUGUCAGUUGAAGAAAAUAUUGAGGAGGUAGACAGGCUGGAAACAGGUACAUACUUUUACAUUUUUAGUAUUCAGUAUUUAUAUAUGAUGUUAUUGCUAACUUAAUUUUGUUUUCAAUGCAGAAUUGACUGAAGGAAAUGUUGGUGGAGGCCCUUCUCUUGAUCAGAUAGUAGUAAAACAUAUACUUUAUCUUUUAUAUGCUGUACUAUGUUACUUCACUAAUAAAAUGCUAUGAUUCUGUCAAUGUUCUCGCUGUAAAUGCUUAAUUGGAGGCCUUGAUGCUUUGAUGGUAAUUGGAACUUUGGAAGUGUUGCUUAUUCACUGGUACAAUUUCACCCCUAAGUGUGUGUGUGACAACAAGACAUUAGACAUGGUAAUGUUGUUUCACUCUAUACUAUUUGUUCCAGUGUUCCAUAUUUAUGGCAAUGAUGAUAGCUUCCACCAAAUAAUGAAAUUAAUGGUAGCUGGUGUUGAUUCUAUUUCUAUAUGGUUUCAAUGCCCCCAUUAAUAAUGAAGUGAAUGUAAAUCUGAGCCAAACUAUGCCCCUGCUAUUUGCACUUUGUUGGAACUACUUGAAUUUGAUAAUGUAACUCUGUACUAUUUGUUCCUGUAUUCCAUACUUAUUGCAAUGAUGAUAGCUUCCACCAAGUAAUAAUGAAAUUAAUGGUAGCUGGUGUUGAUUCUAUUUCUAUAUGGUUUCAAUGCCCCCAUUAAUAGUGAAGUGAAUGUAAAUCUGAGCCAAAUUAUGCCCCUGCUACUUGCACUUUGUUGGAACUACUUGAAUUUUAUAAUGUAACUUUGUACUAUUUGUUCCAGUGUUCCAUAUUUAUGGCAAUGAUGAUAGCUUCCACCAAGUAAUGAAAUUAAUGGUAGCUGGUGUUGAUUCUAUUUCUAUAUGGUUUCAAUGCCCCCAUUAAUAGUGAAGUGAAUGCAAAUCUGAGCCAAACUAUGCCCCUACUACUGUCUACUAGCAUUUUGCAACAAGUACUUGAAUAUGAUGUUAUAUCUGUAUACUAUUGUUCCAGUGUUCCAUAUAUCUGGUAAUGAUGAUAGCUUUGACCAAGUAAUGAAAUUGAUGGCAGCUUGUGUUGGUUCUAUUUCUAUCAUUCUAUGUACUUUCCUAUGCCCUCAUUUACAUUAAUUGUUUACUUAUUUCUGGCAAUGAUGAAAGCUGCUACUCUGCUAGCCUUCUACACUUCUACAAAUGGGAACAUAUUGAAUGACUAUUAUGUUACUGGUCCGCUACACUGC